GGUGAUUAUUCAGGUUUGUUUUGCAGCCACAGGACCUAGGAAACUAGCAGUCAUUGACACAAUGAUGAACUCCACUUUAUAUAAGAAUAUUCUUGAGACAAGAUGGCCUCACAUUCGUCUCAAGAAUAUUCUCAUAUUGGUGUUGGAGAGUGUACGUCAGCAUAUUUCUCCACCCAUCUCAACAUCUGUUCUUAAAUAUGGUCUCCUUCCUGCUACAUCUCUAUUGGUUCCAUUAACUCAGGACUGAUCAGAAGCUUGAGAAAGCAUUUCAGGCAGAAGAAGCAGAAGAAGAAGAAUCAAGUUUGUCAAUUUCUGUCCAUCAUCUUCCUCAAAAUUCAUGGAUUCCAGAUACAUGGAAAUAGCUGCCCUGGGAAGACCUCUGUAUCCCGGCAUGCUGUACGAUUGCCGCAAGGACACCUUUAUUCCAGGUGUUACUUUAUGGGAUAAGAAAGCAUUGCGCGAUGACCUUGAUGUACAUCAGCAGCCUAAAACACAUCUGAAGUUUGCUGCCUCAGACACCCUCAGUGAUAAGGCCAACCUCCUAGAUAUAAGUGCUUCCCUUAAAGCCAGUUUCCUCAGUGGUUUGGUGGAAGUUGGCGGAUCGGCCAAGUACCUGCGUGAUAGCAAAUCCUCAGCACGUCAGUGCAGAGUUACUAUGCACUACAGCCAGACCACAAAAUUUGAACAACUCACUAUGAAGGAGCUUGGCAAUAUCACCUAUCCAGAAGUAUUUGACCAGAAAACAGCCACCCAUGUAGUUACAGCUGUACUGUAUGGAGCUCAGGCUUUCAUGGUGUUUGAUCAUAUAACUGAUGAAAAUGAGAACAAACAGGCUGUUGAAGGAAACCUUCAUGCAGUGGUCAAGAAGAUCCCUACCAUUUCCAUUGAGGGGGAAGCAUCCCUAAAGAUGAAUGAAGAGGAAAAACAACUGUCUGAGAAUAUCAGUGUCACAUUUUAUGGUGACUUUGAGCUUGAAGAAAACCCCACCACAUACAAGGAAUCCCUGGAAGUGUACAAGAAGUUGCCCAUGCUGAUGAAGCAACGACAAAAUAAAGGUGUGCCACUGAAUGUGUGGCUGUAUCCUCUCACACUUUUGGAUGAUAAGGCUGCAAAGUUGGUGAGAGAAAUCAACGUGAUGCUGGUGGACAAAACAGAACAUUUGCUGGAGGAGCUCGGUGAAGAGGAGAGGAGAUGCAAUGAUUUGAUCAAAAACCAAAUGGCAAAUGAUUUCCCUGAUCUAAAAGACAGAUUGUUAAGGUUUCAGACAUUACAAAAGAACUAUACAAGAUCAUUCCAGAAAGCACUCUCCAGACUUUUGCCAGCUAUUCGAGGUGGGACACAAGAGGACAAGGCAUUGGGGGACAUCCUGAAAAUCCAUUACACAUCACCCUUCACUGCUAGCAACAUGAACAAAUGGUUAGAUGAUGUUACAACUGAAGUAAAUAUUCUGAGUUCCUAUACCAGUCGGCUGAAGGACCUCACAGUUGUGAAAUCAUCUUGCUCACUCAGUUCCACCCUCUUGGAUCAUGAUGUUGAUGUGGCGAUAUGUUUGUCUUUUACAUCUCUCAAGUUUGAAGACUCCUACCUUGUGGCUAUACAAGACUUUGAGAACCUUGAAAGAUUUACAACGUUGGAUCAAACAAGUAAGAGUGAUUUCUCUCUCCAAGCCACACAGCCUUGGUUCACUUCUCCUGACGUUUCUGCGAGCAUGAGGCAGAAUAUUUCUCUCUUUACAAGUUUUUCAAAGGCCAAUAAAAAUGAGAAGAGAAUCAAGUUCAUGAUUGCCUCCAUAUGUGACCCCAGCAAUCCAGGAACCUCCAUCCAACUUUACAAGAAAGGCGCUCUGACAGAUCCUAGGUUCCAGCCUGUAUCCAAACCGGCUCCACCUGUGGUGCAGGCCAGUGAUGAGAAAGUCCUCCUAAAGCUUUCAAAAUCCCCAACUGGAGAGACGGUACGGUUCCGAGUUGAAUACAAGAGGAUACCGCCAACUGAUUCAGAAGAUGACAUUGAUGAAUGGACAGUCACAGACACUUCAGAUGCACAGACCAGCUUCACACUGACUGGACUAAAGCCAGCAGACCAAUACCUGGUCCGAUACAGAGCAGUUAGUGAUGUGGGAGUGAGUGAAGCCAGCGACUCUGUCCCUUUCACCUUUUCUGAGAAGCCUGAUGUAGGAGUGAUUGAAGCCAGACACUCUGUCCCUUUGACCUUUUCUGAGAAGCCUAAUGUAGGAAUGUGUGAAGCGACCGACUCUGUCCCCUUCUCCAUUGAUCCGAAACUCAGUAUUAAAGUGGGCCAGUCAUGGAACCUCUUCACAUCUUCCCUCCUUAAUGAACUAAGGACUAAAAUAAUGACCAGCAUGGGCAUGUCACGAUGGUCUCUCUCUACUAUCAAGUCAGAGGUUACAAAUGUUGUCAACAGUCCUAGCAUUCCCCACAUUGACAAAAUUCCUGGAGGGCUGACAGCAGGAAUGGCUUUGUACUUCCAAGGGGUUGUAAUAGGAAAAACGUUUUCAUUUAAUAUUGUAAACGGGCUGAGGGUUGAUGACGACAUCGCUUUUCACUUCAACCCUCGCAUCAGUGAAAUGGUGGUCCAAAACAGCCGCAGGAAUGGCAGGUGGGAGAAUGAAGAACACAUUUCAGGGUGCCCCAUUCCUACAGGAUCAGCCUUUGAUGUCUUUAUUGUGACCAAAUCGGAAGGGUAUGAGGUAUAUGUAAAUGGUCAGAGGUAUUGCCUGUUCAAACAUCGCAUGGAUUUGGGGAACGUGGUUUCACUUUACAUUGCUGACGACGUCAUGAUGAACAUUGUUGGUAUUGUUGGAAAUUGGAACACAUCUACUUUUGGUAAGGAACUAAACUCUGGCACCUCACGCACAAAGCUUUCUGAUAUCCAGUCUGAUGUGCCACAUCCAGUCUGCAACCCUAGCAAACCAUAUUUGGGAUCAAUCCCUGGAGGCUUGAGACCUGGUGUGGCUUUGUUCUUCCAAGGGGUUGUUACUUCAGAUAGUGAACGCUUUGAAAUAAAUUUGCAGACCAAGGAGAAGUACAUUGCUCUCCACUUCAACCCUCGUUUGGACUCUAACUCUGUGGUCCGUAACAGCCACAGGAAUGGGAGUUGGGAGAGGGAAGAAGUGACACCAGGAGGCCCUUUUGUCAAAGGAGGAGCCUUUGAUAUCAUCAUGGUUGUUAAACCAAAAGGAUAUGAGGUGAUGGUGAAUGGCCUGGAAUACUGCACGUUCAAUCACCGUAUACCAGUGGACAAAGUGACUACACUUGGCGUUAGGGGAGACGUCUUCAUGAACACCGUCAGCAUUAUUGAAGUGAAAGAUGUUAAUCUGAAAGUCACUAUUCCUGCCAAUAUUUGAGGAUUUGCAUCUUCAUCAAAGGCACAGAAAAUUUAAGAGGGUUUUGUUGUUGUUAUUGUUGUUGUUUUAUAUAUUCUGCUCAAGUGUAUCAGAAUUCAGAAUUCAGCAGUUCGUGGACAUGAUUUGUUUUUUUAUUAAUCAGUCAUUUUUUUUGCUUGUGCAUUCUUAUGAGAUUUUUGUUGCUUAUUAUUGAUAGAAGUGAAUGCUAUAUAUUUUUUACUGCAGUUGUAUUGUACCUUAAUACAGUAAAUGAUAUUGUUAAUUUGCAUUAUUUUAUAUAUAGACACAGAUGAAGCAGAAAUUAGAGCAGGUCAUGAUUGAAAUAAAUAAAUGUAGGUAUUCUGUUUCAGUGGAUGAGCUGUGUACUCCAUCAAAAGACAUAUCCUUUUUACUUGAUGAACCCAUUUUCCAAUAACAGAGGUUUUAGGUAAAAAUUCAGUGCAAUAGAGGUCUGGUAAUUAGCUAUUGUAACAAAACAAGUGUUCACUAGUUAACAUUUUCCUAUGAUUAUUUUUUUUCAAUCUGAUUAACACCAAAAACAAGGUUGAAGUUGACACAGUCUCUUAUUGAAGUUGUCAGUUCCACAUUAAAUACUGAUGCAAAUACAAUAUUGCACAGGUAAAGAGUACUCUUUGCUCAUUUUUAAAAACAUGAUCCAUGUGCAGUAUUGUAAAACAUAAAUGAAUUGGCUAAUUAUACCUCUUGCCCAAAUGUAUUUGCUGUUAUUACGAAUCGGGAAACUAUUUACUUCCUGAUUAAAUUAUUUGAACAAUGUACUGAUUAUAACCGUUGAAUAAAUAAUAAUAAAACUAAGCUUUGUCA